UUUUCUGGUGGGGCUGGAAACGUGGAGUGGAAAGUGUGUGUUUUGGGCGGGGGACAGGUGGGUAAUCUGCAGUUGGUGGUUCUAUCCAAGAAGGAAAGGGGGAGAGGGUCCAUAGCAGUGAAAAAAUGACUGUAAGGGUGUGGGGGGGAGAGUCGUAUACUGGGAUACUCGGUUAGGUAACAGGUUACCCUGGACAGUGCUCUGCACGGAAGGGGAUACAAAAGAUGAAGACUGAAAAUUCCCUCCAAAUCGCACGGAAGGGGUCGUUAGGAUUGUAUAUGAGGGAACUCGCAGUCCUCCUUCCCAAAGUUUCCAUUGCCCUGGACACAGACAGAGCUUCUCCCCAAACGUCAGUAUUGUGUAUCUUAUGAGAGUUUUAGGCCAGGUCAUUGGGGGUGGGGGGAAGGGGAAAACCCCUCAAUUACAGUUGAGGUUAAGGGAGAUGAAGGGUCAAAAAAUGUCCCCUUCCAAUGUCUAAUCCACAACCACUAGCUUAAUGAGCAAAAUACAUGCAGAAACAAACACAAGCACAACAGCCCUCACCCUCCCAGAUGCCUGUUAAUUCUUGAACAUAUAUACACUGUGUAUAUGUGAUGAACAUAUAUACACGUGCAUAGAUUUGUACACAGACUGCACACACACUCACCAGUAUAAUUAUGCACACAAAAUAUGUAUCCAACCCUCUGAGAAUAUAUGGUCCCAGCUAUAUACAUGCACAUGCAUACAUACAUAGUUAUGCACACAUGCUCACUCAUACUUUUUCCAUGUCCAGAUCUUUUCUCUUAAUUUCAGUCAUGAGCGCUUCCUCAUUCCAAAUUUUGCCUUAAUUUAUCCCACCCUUUAUGAAUCCUUCUCUCCUUUUUCUUCCUCUCCUUCACUCGGUUUUCCCUAGAAUGUCCCUUCUUGUUCUGACCUUCUCUGAACUCAUUCGUCUUCUCUCUCCUACCUUAGCUAGAACUUCAGGAUCAAACUAGUCAGUCAAAUGAGGGAGGGAGAAUCCUAACAGAAAUAAGAAUUAAGAUUAGAUAUCUGGAAGAACUAAUAAUGAAGGAUGGGAGACUCUAAAGUGCAAGAUGAAUCUUAGUUUAAGCAAUCACUUCUAUAAAAUAAUGCAAAAGGCAAAAAUCCUUCAUUUACUCAAUUUAGCAAAUGUUUUCCAAACAUCUAUAGCACUGUACUCUCUCUCUGCUAGGUACUAGUACAGAAAGAUGAAAUCCCAGUUCCUGCCUUCAAGGAGUUUGCUUUCUAAUAGAAAGAAUAUAUGCACAACUAAGCAUAAUUGAAGGCAAAAAUAUAGUUAAUAUAAAGGACAGAUUCAAAUGAGUUUUGAUGAGAAAGUCUGAGGACAGAGCAUUUCCAACCUUAGGGGAGGGGUUGGUGUUAAGAGUUGGGCUUUCAAGGGAGGAAUUUCAAUAAAAAAGUCAAAUGGUACAUUUUAGGCAUAGGACCUAUGAGUACAAGGACCACAAAUGGAGAACAGGACAAACACAUGAAAAAGGAAUCUCCCACCCAUACUAGUCACCUCUGUCUCUUCUCUAGUGUGUUUUGGUAUUUCUAGUUACCUGGGGCUCCAAUUCUACUCCUUCAGCUGUGUUCUUAUUCUCCGGGGCUUUCAUUUGCCUUGGGACCCCAGACUUUCUCCCUCUUGUUCUACAUUGGGAGAUAGUAUUAGUAAAAGUAUGCAAGGCAGAGUAGGAGAAAUAUAGGGACCUAGGACGGGAAAUAGGGGUUGAAAGGGAAAUCUUUAUCACCUACUAGUUUAGAGUAUAUUUUUAACUCACUGCCCCUUUCCUUGCUCCCUCAUGCUCAUGACUUGAUUAUACUAGUUGAGGAUUUGGGGGUGGGUGGGAGAAGCACACUUAGAAAGGUAUAUAACUAUAAUAAGGCUAGACUAUUCCAGAAGUGUGUGUGUAAGUGUGUGUGUGUGUGUGUGUGUGUGUGUGAUGGCAUAGUAGGAUUUUCCCCUUUCCAUUCCUCUUCUCUUCCAGUCUGGGGCACCUGGAAGGGCAUGGGCAUGAUGCCCAUCAUGGAAUGGGGAGAACACUAAGAAAAGCAUUGCUAAUUAUUUCUCCCCUAUUUUUCCUUCUUUCUCCUGUCUCUCCCAUUUCAUCUUUUGUCUUUUUUUUCUUGCCUUUGUCUCUGUGCUAUUCUGUAUCUUUCCUCCUGCCUGCUUUUUGUGUCUGGGUUUCUUUUUGCUGAUGUUUUUCUAAUUUCCUUCUCUGUAUAUGAUUUUGUUUCUGGCUUCUUUCUCUCUGCAUCUCACUAUUUCCAUCUCUCCUUUUCCAUUUCUUUUUUUUUUCUUUUCCAUUUCUGUAUCUUUUCUUAUGUCUGUAUCAACCUGGACUCAUCUCCCUUUCUGAACUGCUUGUUUUUUUUAUGUUGCUGUUUCUUUGUCUUCUAUUUCUUUUUCUGCCUCUAUGUUUAUUUUUUGGUGGUAUUUGUGUGUGUAUUUGUCUGCUGCUUUUUUUUUGUUUGGUUGUGUUCUUGCAUCCCUCCCUUUCUUCUUCUCCCCCUGAGCAGCAGCGCCCAGUGCAGCCCUCCUUCACCAAGUCUCUCUGUCGUGAGUCGCACUGGAAGUGCCUGUUGCUGUCACUGCUCAUGUACGGCUGCUUGGGGGCCGUGGCCUGGUGCCAUGUCACUACGGUGACUCGCCUCACCUUCAGCAGCGCCUAUCAGGGCAACAGCCUCAUGUACCAUGACAGUCCCUGCUCCAAUGGCUAUGUCUACAUCCCCCUGGCCUUCUUGCUCAUGCUCUAUGCUGUCUACCUCGUGGAAUGCUGGCAUUGCCAGGCCCGCCACGAGCUGCAGUACCGUGUGGACGUGGGCAGUGUGCGAGAGCGGGUGGGUCGCAUGCAGCAGGCCACGCCAUGCAUCUGGUGGAAGGCCAUCAGCUACCACUAUGUACGCCGCACCCGACAGGUCACCCGUUACCGAAACGGGGACGCCUAUACUACCACACAGGUCUACCACGAGCGUGUGAAUACGCACGUGGCCGAAGCAGAAUUUGACUACGCGCGCUGUGGUGUCCGCGACGUGUCCAAGGCGCUGGUGGGGCUGGAGGGCGCGCCGGCCACGCGCUUGCGCUUUACCAAGUGCUUCAGCUUCGCCAGCGUGGAGGCAGAGAAUGCGUACCUGUGCCAGCGCGCACGCUUCUUUGCGGAAAACGAAGGACUGGACGACUACAUGGAAGCCCGCGAGGGCAUGCACCUGAAGAACGUGGACUUCCGCGAGUACAUGGUGGCCUUCCCGGACCCGACGCGCCCGCCUUGGUACGCCUGCCAGUCGGCCUUCUGGGCGGCCGCCCUGCUCACGCUUUCCUGGCCGCUGCGCGUGCUGAGCGAGUACCGCACGGCCUAUGCCCAUUACCACGUAGAGAAGCUCUUCGGGCUGGAGGGCGGCGGCGGUUCCACCCCGAGCGGCGACGAGGCCCUGCCCCCGCUCACCCACCGCCUGCCCCGGGUCAACACGGUGGACAGCACGGAACUGGAGUGGCACAUCCGCUCCAACCAGCAGCUGGUGCCCAGUUAUUCCGAGGCCGUGCUGAUGGACCUAGCCGGGCUGGGAGCUCGCUGCGGCGGGGGUCCCGGCGGGGGCUACGCGCCCUCCUGCCGCUACGGCGGCGUGGGCGGCUCGGGGGCCGCGGGGGCCGCCCCCUACCGCCGCAGCUGCGAGCACUGCCAGCGCGCCGUCAGCAGCUCGUCCAUCUUCUCUCGCAGCGCGCUCAGCAUCUGCGCGAGUCCCCGGGGCGCGGGCGGGGCGGGGGGCCCGGGGGGCAGCAGUGGCUGUGGCGGGAGUCGUUUCUCCCUGGGCCGCCUCUACGGCUCCCGGCGGAGCUGCCUGUGGAGGAGCCGGAGCGGGAGCGUUAACGACGCCAGCUGCCCCACGGAGCAGACGCGCCUGUCCAGUCAGGCCAGUAUGGGCGGCGACGACGACGACGACGACGAGGAAGAUGAAGAGGGAGGACCCCCUCCCCCCUACCACGACGCUCUCUACUUCCCCGUGCUCAUAGUUCACCGGCAGGAGGGGUGCUUGGGCCACAGCCACCGACCACUGCACCGCCACGGCUCCUGCGUGGAGACUUCACUGUGACCCCUCCCUCCCCCAUCUGUCGAGAGGGGGUGGGCGGCAGAGGGGGAGGUGUCGCCAGGAUUGAGGGCAUUGGACGGUCUUCCCACCGCCGACCCGCUCACGCCAAACUUUGUCCCCAGUCCCCGCCCGGGGAGCCACGGGUGUCCGAGUGACCACGAGCAGAAGGGGGCGCUUUGAGGGGGGUGGACAGACCAGCCCGGACUGAGACCUAGUUUCCCCUCUUAUAUGAAGAGUAGGGGUGGUGUGUGUGCGUGUGUUUGUACGUACGUAUGUCUGCGUGGGGGAGGGGGAGACCGGCCCAGAAUUUUCAGAGAUUCCUAUGAUUCAGAACCAUCCCGGCCAAAGCGGCUCCUCCGACCCUUGCCAAAUCCUGUAUUUCUAAGGGCAUUAAGGGACGAAGCCUCACCCGAAUGGGCUUGGGACCCAGCCUUUUACCAGAUCUUCCGACUGUUAUAUGGGGUCCUGUUAUCCCCCUCUUCUGCUCACUCCACCCCACCCCCUUCCUUGUCAGCCUACUCCAUGGGAGAGGCAGGGUCUUAUAGAGCUGAGGAGAGAAAGACCUUAGGUGGAGGAAAGAUACUGGGGAAAGCCUGAAAGAAAGGGCUUCCCCUCCCUCUUCCUCCACUUCACCCCAUUUGGGAUCUGUGCUGGAGACUUGGUGGAAGGACAGGAUUCCCGUUAACCUCUUAAUUUGAGUGGGUCUCUGCAUGAGCUCAGCACUCUGGACAUCCCUACUUCAAUUCCAUGGAAAAUCCUGAAAUCCUUCCCUCUCUGGCCUCUUCCUGCUCCUCCCCCCCAGGCCAGUCUCUUUUCUGCUUCUCUAUCUCCUUAAACCUCUUGUUUAUCUUUCUGGUCCCAGGAGUCCAGGUUUCCAGAGGGAUGCCUCUUUUCACAAAGACAUUACCUACCUUUGGAUCUCUUUCUUUUGUCCUGGAGGAAUGAGAUCCAAUAGUAGGGAGAGAGGACAACUGGAUUCCUUUCCUAAACUCAUUUGGGUUUCCAUUUCUCCACCUAGGACAGAGGUCAAUGCCUUCUCUAGAGGGGAAGGCUGAGUGGGUGAGAUGAGACACAGGAUGCUGGCCAGAAGAACGACAGAACAAAGUGAUCUGGGCUGAGAGGACUUGAUAGGGAGAGGAGCCAGAAGAGAGCAGGGGUGUAAUUUUGAGGGAAGAACCUGGACCAGAGUGGAGAGGGGAGGAGUUGGGCUUCCUUUUGUGCCCUCUCCUCCACAUGCCCUGAGCUGACAACUUUGUCCUAAGACUAAAUUGGAGAAAUGCUGGAUUCCAAUGUUUGGGGGCUCUUCGGGAUAUAUUUAUACCCCAAUCCCAAGCACCCCUAGCCCUAUGAGCUUGGGUCACUGCUGUGUAUCCUCGGUUCCCUUAAGGCAGGAACAAGCCCUGCCCCCGUUUUAUUCUCCUGCUGUCUGUAGCUUAGCAGCCUUUCAUUCCUGCUGCUCCUAAACUCUAUUCACUAACCUGGUCCUUUAGUGCAAAAGGGCCCCAGCACUUCCUUUCUGUGUCUGGUUGUUGCAGCCUGCAUGUCUGUGUGCUACCCUUGCCUCCCAAGUGUCUGUCCCCAGCUCAAGCUCACCUCUGCUGAUUUAGAAAGGCAGAAGUAGUCCGGAGAUGAGUUUCUGUAGGUCUUGAACUAGAAUUUUCUUUCCCUUGCUUUCUCCCUUCUCCCUCAGAGGACACCUAGAGGUAACACCCCUUCCCCCCACCUUGGGCCCAGCAAUGUCAGUGCCCCCUCAUUGUGGCCUCCACCUAUGCAACAUCAUUUCUGUCCCCAUAUCCCUCCUCAUUGGAGGUUUGGGGAAGGACAGAUUCAGGAGGCACUGUUUCUGAGCAGUUUUUCUAGGUGUUAGGGCCUGGCUCCGAUUAGAUUGGUGUGUGGACAUGUGCCUGUGUGUAUGCAUUGAGGGCUGAGAGGCCAUGGGAAGGUGGUACCAGAAUGUCCACUAGGUUUCUAUGGGAGUUGUUCUCCCCAUCUUUCCCCCAUUGUCCAACCCACCAUCAACCGCCUUCCUGUGUCUGUACCCCCUUUCCCCUUCUGUCUGUAGAUUGGUCUGAGCCAUCUCUUCAUCCCACCUAAAAGACAGGUCAGAUCUAGGUGGAGAGGCAGAGGAUCCCCCUCCCCACCAUUACACUUCAUGGCCAGUCCCAUCUCUACUUUGUUGCACCUACUUGUGAAACAUCUUGUUUCUUCAGAAAGAAGGAAAACCAUUACAACCCAUUCUCCUCAGAAAGGGCCUGAGUGGUCAUGGUGGAAAUGUAGAAUGCCCUUUGUGUGGAUGUGAGCCAAGGAAAGGGGAUCAGGACUUGGGCCUCUCAUUCCUUGCCUGUAUUCACCCUCCCUGCCUCGGGGGACACACAAAUACAUACACACACAAAAAGGCAGACUUAGAGAAAUGAAUACUUUGGUUCUUGCUUGGUGAAUCUGAUUGGCAGGAGAAAUUCAAACCAGUGAAAUUAAUUAAUCUCUAAAAUUAAACCUUACACUGAAUGUUCUCAUUCCUCUGAUGAGGAAGUCUGCUAGCAGCGCACACACAUGCACACCCACACAUUCACACUUGCACAGAGAUGGAACCAAACUCACAGAGGCGCACAGAUGGGCCAGGCUGCGGGACUCACACAUGCACACUCCCCACUGGUGCUCUGCUAGUCGUCGGCUGCGUGGCAGGCAGCGCCAGCCGUUCCUCCCCCCAACGCCCUGCCCUGGGGACUUGCCUGACGGACACAUCUCGUGGCUCUCUGUCCGGGAGGGAGCUCACCCCUCGUCUGGGCUUCCAGGACUGGGCGAUAGGGUAACAGGAUGGGGAAGAUUGUCAUUUCUCCAUUAGUCUCUUUGACAAAUACCAGGAGAGGCAGGAAGGGAAGAGCUUGUCUGUUUCCUAGCCCUCCCCACAACACAGGGUAAGUAGGCAGAGUGGUGGCAACCCUAGGAAGAUGGAGGUAGUGGGAUGCAGGCAUUUACUAGCUACACAUAUUGGGGAACAUCUGGAAAGCUCAGUGUGGUGGGGAUGAGGGCUAGGGGCUUCGGGGGGGGGAGGACAGUACUCUGUCUAUUGGGUGCAUCACGCUGUGGCCUUUUUGUAAAGGAUCUCCAAGUGAAAAGAUUGUACAAACCAAACGUGGAAAAAAUAAAGUUUUCAGAUGACUCACUGACUUCCCUCAACA